AGAUACUUUUAUCUAUUCAAUUAAUACAAAAAAAAUACACAAUUCAACAUAAUGACUUCUACUACAGUUUUUGUUUCUGGUGCUAAUGGUUACAUUGCUCAACAUAUUAUUAAACAAUUGUUAGGUAAAAACUACAAUGUUAUUGGUUCAGUCAGAUCACAAUCCAAGGGUGAAGAUUUAGCAAGUUUGGUUAACCAUUCUAACUUCUCCUAUGUUGUGAUUCCUUCAAUUGGGGACAAAGAUGCCUUUUACGAUGUUCUCCAAUCACAUCCUGAAAUCACUAUUUUUUUGCAUACUGCCUCCCCAGUUACUUUUGAAAUUGAUGAUGUUGAACGUGAUUUGUUAAGACCAGCUAUUGAUGGUACCAUUAACGCAUUGGCUGCGAUCAAGAAACAUGCACCACAGAUUGAACGUGUUGUGAUUACUUCUUCUGGUGGUGCUGUUUUUGGAUUUAAUAAUUAUUUCAAUCGCGGAACAAUUCAUACUGAAGAAAGCUGGAAUCCUAUCUCAUAUGAAGAAAGUAAGAGUGGUGAUGCUGUUAAUGGAUAUUUUGGUUCUAAGAAGUAUGCCGAAUUAGCAGCACUUGAAUUUGUUGAAACUGAAAAGCCAAAUUUUGAUGUUUCAUUUGUUACCCCAGUUUAUAAUUUUGGUCCACAAGCUUAUGAAGUCAAGGAUAAAUCCAAGCUAAACUUUUCUGCCGAAGUUGUUAACACCGUUCUUAAAUUCAAGAAAGAAGAUUCUAUUCCUGAAUUUGGUAAUAUCUUUGCUGAUGUAAGGGAUGUUGCUCAUGCCCACAUUGUUGCUUUUGAAAGCAAAGAAUCCAAAGGAAAGAGGUUGUUAGUUGCUUCUGACAAUUUCACGUUUGAUUCUAUUGCCCAUAUAAUCAAUAAGCAUUUCCCCAAUGUUCAAAUUCCUCAAGGUGAUUUAUCAAAAAAUGAGGCAAUUUAUGAGCAGAUGGUUCAAAAGUAUGAUAACUCUAGAACAAAUGAAAUCCUUGGAUUUGAUUUGAUUUCUCUUGAGCAAUCAAUCAUUGAUACCGUUGGACAACUUUUAGCUUAAAUGUUAGUAGUGUAUAGUGCAAUUUAUUCUCACAUGUUUACCCUGUGGGUAUUUAAUGAGUUAUAAGGAAGUCCUCUCAUCUUUGAUUCAAAAGUCUUUUCAAGUGGUCGUUGAACUUAUCCCGUACAAUAUUUAUAACUUUACUUGACUGCAAAACAAGUAGUUACAGUUUGUUUUAUUGAAUUACAAGCUUUUAAAACUAUAAUUCAAAAGUGUUAUUCUCGGGCUCUGUUCCGUGCUUUUCCUAGCCGGGUUCAUAGAAUGACCUCUGUGUAUCUACGUUUGGCAACUCGAUCAGCAGCUCGAUAUAACCGAUACCCAACUCCACAUCCGGUGUGUCAGUGUUAGGCCGUUCAACUAGAUUGAGGCCCAAACAUUUGACUAGUGCAUGAAA